AUGGCCGCGGCGGCAGCUCCGCUCCAGUCCGGGCAGCGCAGCCCCGUUCAGCGGCAGCUCUCGGGUGCAGGUGCCCGGGGGGGUCAGGACUUCAAGCUGCACCAGCCCCAGGACAAGGUAUCGGUGACAGUUGGGAAGACGCUCACCCUGGGCUGCACCGUGUCUGGAUCCAGUGAAAUUGGUCCUGUGAAGUGGCUGAAGGGCUGGGGCAAUGGGAACAGGACCAUCUAUGCGGACACGGGCUCUGCUCCCCGUGUGACAAGAGCAGUGAGUGGAUCCGACACAGACUUCACCAUCCACAUCAGGGAUGUUCAGCCCGAGGAUGUCGGCACCUAUUACUGCGUGAAGUUCACCAAGUCCCUGAGUGGUGGGGAUGUGGUGUUUCAGCGUGGAACUGGCACAGAGGUGUCUGUGCUCGAGGCAGCCGUGGUUCCCAGCAUGGUGGCUGCAGUUGUGGUGCUCUGCUUCCUCCUUGUCCUCGGCCUCCUCGUCGCCCUUUGCCUGUACAGAAGGAAGCGCCAAGGCAGGGUUGGCAGCCCAUGCCCAGCCGGGCCAGCAGCCAUGGGCAGCUUCCCGCCCACCUCUCUGCAGUGCUGUGCAGGGACCCCCAGCACCCGCAGCGAAGUUCUGGAUGCAGAGAGCUCCCACCUGCCCAGCCAGCAGAGCAGCAAGGAGGAGAACGACAUCCACUACGCCGACCUGCAGGCCCUGCCCACGGCCCCCCGGCGCGGCAGGAGCGCGGGCACAGCCUGCACGGAGUACGCCAGCCUCAGGGUAGCUGCCAAGUGACGCAUGGCACCACGGCCUGCGCGGCCAAGCCGUGGUGGGGAGGAAGCAGGGAUGUUUCUGCAGGGCACGGUAAAGAAGAAGUGGAGCUGUUUACGUGGCACACCCCAGUCUCAGCUCAGCAUGCCAUUCUCAGAGCCAAGCUUCCUCCUGUUUAUUCCCAUCUCAGGGCUGGACCUGCUGUGCCAGGGCUGGGCAGCAGCUCUCCCAGGACCCAGCAGCCAUCUCAACCACUGGAUCAGACCACGAGGCCAAGCAUCUCUGCGCUGUGCAAGGUGUUUGGUGCUGAUGAUGCCAGGGGGGCCUCAUGCUUGCCUGUGCCCACCAGCACAGGCCUCCACUGGCCCUUUCCCAGCUCACAGGUCCAUAAUUUGUGUUAUCUUGUCACCACCCUCAUUAAAGCCAUCAAACAACCA